UCGUGUCGAGAGUAUUUGUGUUGUCCAAUAAUCCAUUGUUGUAUUAGUUACGAUCGAGUGGUUUGUAAAAUCGAGUGAAUUUAUAUUUGUUAUGUCGUAGCAAAAUACACAAUCACCGAUAGGUGACAAUAAAGCGUUCGCUGUAGAUUUUAAUCCAAUUUAGAUGCUUAAAAGUAAAGAGUUGUUCGUUUUAUAAAAAGAACGUGUGUGAAAUUGUCAAUCUUCUUCAUACUGAAGCAUAACCUAAUUUUCCAAUAUAAUUUCUGGGCUCUGAUAAUGGUUGAUAAAACUUUGUGGCGCAUAUGUUAAUAGAGAUUGUUACAUAUCUCCUUUUCGCCUGGCAUUAUCUCACAUAUGUACAUAUAUGGCUCAUUUCUGAUUUAAAUAUACAACAUUUGAAGAUGGGGUCAUGAGAAUUGCCAUAUUGCACUUAGUAACAUACAUUUCACAUGGCUAAGGGAAAAAUAAAAGGUUCCGACUCUAAUAAUAAGAUACCAGCAUCAAAUGCAACAUUCAAAAAUGGGGAGACGUAUACAUGGGAGUUUGAGAUUAACGAAACACCACCUAGUGCUAGAACUUUGCUUACCAAGGGUUAUACACAGGAUGAAAUUAAUUCGUAUUCAGGAGCAACUGUAUCAACACGCGGACGUUUUAUGACAGAACAGGAAAAACUACGCUGCCCAAGUGAAAGACCAUUGUAUUUGUAUAUACAGGGACAUACAAAACAUAAUGUUGAUUUGGCGAUACAAAAGAUCAAUGAAAUUAUUAAGACAGAACAUCAAAGUUCUCUAAAUAGACCAAGUAGAUUUACAAAUGCUCCACCGCCUCUUAUGAGUUUACAUUCCGGAAUUACAACUGUGGAAAAGAUUUGCAUUGGUAUCGAGAAUGCUCCGCAAGGUUUUGAUUUACGUGGGCGAAUACUAGGUGGUGGUGAUGCAAAUUUAAGUUAUAUUAGAGGUGAAACUGGAGCAAAUGUUACUUUAAGAGGUAGAGGAUCCCAGUUUAUUGAUCCAGUGUUUGGAGCAGAAUCUCCAGAACCUCUUCACUUGUAUAUAGAACAUCCAAAGCCAGAAGCAUUGCAAAAUGCAAAACAAUUGGCUAUUAAUUUAAUACAGACAAUACAGUCUGAAUUACAGACCUAUAUCCAACAACAACCACCACCAGUACAACCUCAACAAGUUAUAGAACAAUCACAGAUACCACAAACUCAAUUUCAAACAAUGAAUAUUGGUACCUUAGGCCAACCAAAUGUGGUUGCAAUACAACAUCAAGAUAUUAUACAACAUCCACAAAGUAAUGUUGUAACAUUGCCUGCAACAAUUCUUACGGCUACUGUAGCUGGUACUCCAGGGCAUGGUGUAUCAGUUCCUCCUCCAGGAGUUCAUAUACCAUCUCAUACUGGACCAUUAGUUCCACCUUCACAAGCUCAGGAAAUACAGACUUUUAUUCCACCGCCACCUGUUGGGCAAGUACAGUUAAUCGGUCCUCCAUCGACAGUGAGUCAAGUCCAAUAUCAGAUACAUCCUGGUCAGCCAUUACAAAUCCAGGGAAUUCAACCAGGAUCGCAGUCCUCACCACAGCCUGUGGCUCAAAUGUACGUCAUGAGUCAACCGCCGCCACAGAAUCCUGGGCAGCAAAGUUUCAUAACGAGCAGUAACGCGCCAGUGAGCGGGGCAGUAUCAUAUGUAUGCACACAACCGAAUAUGCAGAGACCUGCCACGCCAUCCCAGGGAAUUAUCGAAACCGUUAAUGUCAAUUUGCAACAGCCUCCUCCCGCAGCGCCGCUCAAUAUAACGCAGCAACCGCCACCACCGUUGUUGCACCUUCACUUUCCACCGCCGAACUUUCCGCCAAAUCAACCACCGCCUCCUGUACCGCAAACCUACCAGAUUCAGUAUCAACAGGUACAGGCACCCGUGUCACAGGCGCAAACCCAGUUUGUUUUGCAACCCGGCGAGCAUAUCGUCCCACCUCAGCUGCAACAAAAUCACGAGCAGUCUCAGGCUGUCGCUCAACACAUCAUACCUCCGCAAUUCGAAGGUCACGGGCCACCAUUUCAUUUACAAGUACCUCCGCCGUCUGCGCAAACUUUUCUAGUUCCCAACGCCCAAUCGCCCCAACAUCAUCCACAACCGCCUCUUCCUCCCGCCAGUGAGAUUCAGCAUCAGCAUCAGCAAGAAGGCCCGGUGGAACAGGGACCGUUGCCACAGCCGGUACCACCUCCGCAAAUAGUACCGCCACCGUCGAUCAAUCAGAUGCCGAAUUCCAUGAAUAUUCUCACCAGCGUACCGCCACCGACUCAGCCACCUCCACCGCAGAACGCUCCCUGGCUUUAUCAAGCUCAGCAGCCGCAGCAAAUGCCGCAAGGACAAUUGCAGAUGCAAAUGCCGCCGCAGAAUAUACCUCUUCAUAACGUGCCACCGCCGCAAGUUCAAGCUCAAAUACAAUAUCAUCCUCAGCAUAUACAAUAUCAAAAUGGUCAUAUACCGGCGCAAAUGCAUUAUACGAUGCAACCGCCACAUCAGCAAUUCGAGCAGAAGCCCGAUUCGCCGGAACAGCAAAAGUCGCACGGUGUAAAAAGACGGUUUUCAGAUAUUGAGGGAGGUCAGGAAUCACCACUGUCAUACCAAUGUGCUCCGCUUCCUGCACAACGUCAUGGCACAGGAGAAGGUGAUCGACAACAACAAGUCUUACACGGUCCAUCACCCAUACCUGCUGGUCUGCCACAUGGAGAUAGAAACAAGAUGCUUAUGCCUCCUCCACAUCCAGGUGAGAAACGGAACUUGGAUCAAAAGCCCGCAGGUCUAUCUUCAGGAAAUGAGAAUGUAAUGACGGAAUCUGGAAAUAUCCUUGUCGGAAACGGUCCACCUCUACCGCCUCCGCCAUCGCCGCAGGCACCCUGGCAAAAUCAUCACAUGAGAGUUCCUUGGGGUAGACCACCACCGAUUCCAAGGGAAGGAGAACCAUCCGCAUGUCCCGGAUUACCUCCUAUUAACAUGCCUCCGCCGCAGAUUAGGCCAAGGGGUCCCGCUGACGGUAAUCGUUCUCCUACUCAAAACGCCGUGUUAGAGCAAUCUUUAAACGUCGAGUACAAUCAAAUGCCGCCCUACACGACGAAGCCGCCUCCUUACAAUGCGCAUCCAUUGAUGCAGUCGAUCUGUAAUCCACCACCGCCACCGCCGCCUCAUCAUCAACAACCGCGGCCGCAGCAUCCCCCCCAAGCGGUGCAGCAUUAUCAGGUGCCAAUUUCUCAGACAUAUCAGCCACCGACAUCCUGCCCACCAUGGAUGAAUUGAAAGUUGACAAACUACAGCUAUGUUCUUGCUCCAAUACUUUUGACAGUGAUUGAUGGAUUUGACUUUAUCAAACGUGACGUUGUCAUAAUAAAACGACGAUUAAACCACAACGAUCUGAUGUAAAUGUGAAUAUUUUGAAGUGCAAUAUGUUACUUUUGCACUUUGAUUGUUCCUUACAAUAAUUAUUGUAAUUUAUUAAUCUAUUUGUAUAAUAAUUCUUGUACUCUUAGCUGUUAUAAUUUAACAAUCUAUUCCAAGGAAAAGACGUUACUGAACAGCAUAUAAAAAUAUAUGUAAAUGUUA